AUGAGAGCUAAGACAUUGCCAUUCUUGAUAUUAUUUCUCAGUAUUACUCAUUGUAUCACCCAUGCAGAAGAAUUCAAUGGAGCCUCAAAGCAGCCUGAGACCAUUAGUUUUGAAACAGCAGGAGGGCUGAGACAGAGCUUCCCUAAGGGAUUUGUCUUUGGCACUGCUACUUCUGCUUACCAGGUUGAAGGCAUGGCUGAUAAGGAAGGUCGCGGGCCUAGCAUUUGGGAUGAAUUUGUCAAAAUUCCUGGGAUUGUGGCCAAUAAUGCUACAGGGAAAGUGUCAGUGGACCAGUAUCACCGCUACAAGGAAGACAUAGAUAUUAUGAAAAACUUGAACUUUGAUGCAUACCGGUUCUCGAUUUCAUGGUCCAGAAUUUUCCCUGAUGGAGCUGGAAAAGUGAAUUGGAAGGGAGUUGCAUACUACAAUAGGUUGAUCGACUACAUGAUCGAAAGAGGCAUUACUCCAUAUGCCAAUCUUUAUCACUAUGAUCUUCCCCUAGCACUUGAGAAGAAGUAUACUGGAUUGCUGAGUCACCAAGUAGU